CAAAGAACAGUACUUUUCAUAGUACGCCAGCAAUUUUCUCUGUUUUCUGCCUCGCUAAAUAUACACACAACAAAUCCCUUUUUUUUUCUUUUGGAUACUUUGUCUGCAAUCAUGUUGGUUUAUCAGGAUCUUCUUUCUGGAGAUGAGCUUCUCUCCGACUCGUUCCCCUAUACUGAAAUCGAAAACGGGAUGCUUUGGGAAGUUGAAGGGAGGUGGGUUGUUCAAGGAGCAGUAAACGUAGAUAUUGGGGCGAAUCCUUCUGCAGAAGGGGGAGAAGAAGAUGAAGGUGUCGAUGAUCAAUCUGUCAAGGUUGUUGAUAUUGUUGACACUUUUAGGCUUCAGGAGCAACCGGCUUUUGACAAGAAGCAGUUUGUUGCAUACAUAAAAAAGUACAUAAAGAACUUGAUCCCGAAAUUGGAAUCGGAGAAGCAAGAUUUGUUCAAGAAACGGAUCGAAGGGGCUACCAAGUAUCUUCUUUCAAAGAUCAAGGAUCUUCAAUUCUUUGUUGGGGAGAGCAUGGAUGAUGAAGGAACAGUGGUGUUUGCUUACUACAAAGAAUCUGCUACCGAUCCAACUUUUCUCUACUUAGCCUAUGGAUUGAAGGAAGUCAAGUGCUGAAUUAAUUCAUAGCCAUCUGCUUUUGUUGUUUUGAGUUUUUCUUU